CCUUAGAACCAGAACACUGAACUGAUCCACACAGAGAAGAAGCUGAAGAUUGACUGAAUAGCUUGUGAGGGUCAGGAGUACGGGAGCCUGUGAGGUCACGAUGCUGCAGCUGUGUAAAAUCACAGAUGCUCUGUUCAUCAGUAACGCCCGCUCCGUCUGCAGUGACCAGCUCAUCCAGCAGGAGGCGGUGACACUCUGCAUCAACGUGUCCAAGCAGCAGCCGUUUCCGUCCGCCGCCGUCGCCAAACUGCAGGUGCCCGUCUACGACAACCCCAGUGAGGACCUCUACGGCCACUUUGACCUCUGCGCCGACGCCAUCCAGGGGGAGGAGGAGGUCGGAGGUCGCAGCGUCGUCUACUGCAAGAAUGGACGCAGCCGCUCGGCUGCUGUCUGCAUCGCUUACCUGAUGAAGCACAGCAGACUGUCGCUGACGGACGCCAUACAGAAAGUGAAGACAGCUCGUCACGUAAUUGACCCGAACCCAGGAUUCAUGAUUCAGCUGCAGAGAUUUGAAGAGGAUCUGAAGAGAAGACACACACACACACACACUGACACACAAUGA